AUGCUUUCAAAACUCACGAGACUUGAAGUUCUUGAUGUUUCAAAUAAUAGUUUAUUAUCAUUAAGCACAAGCGGCAAUGAUGUGAACUAUUCUUUCCCCCAGCUUACGACUGUGAGAUUCUCUGGUUGUAGCGUAAGGCAGUUCCCGAGUUUCUUUCAAACAUCUAAGUUGCAAAGUUUAGAUCUUUCCAAUAACAUGAUUUCUGGUGGAAUUUCCAAAUGGGAAGCUGAAGGGUGGGAAGGAUUGUACCUUUUGGACCUUUCUCAUAACUUUUUGACUAUGGAGCAAUUUCCGGGGAACAAUUUGGAAUAUCUCAACCUUGAUUCCAACUUGCUUCAAGGACCAAUUCUCUCAAAUUGCUUCAAUCCUAAAAUUCCAAUUUUAAAAGAAUUGACAGUGAUCAUCAUUUCAAAGAAUAAACUGACAGGAAACAUUCCUUCUUCUAUUUGCAAUUUGAGUUCACCUGAUGUUCUGGACUUGUCCGAAAACAGAUUAAGUGGAACUAUUCCUGAUUGUCUUGGAAAUUUUAUCCGUCUCGAGACCUUCGAUUUGCAAAUGAACAACUUCAUUGGCAAGAUCCCUAAUUCUUUUGUGAAUAAUAGUGGGAUGAUCCAUCUUUUACUCAAUGACAAUCAAUUGGAAGGAUUAGUGCCGCCAUCUUUGGCUAAUUGUACUUCAUUGGAACUUUUAAAUUUAGGGAACAACAAGUUAACUGAUAGGUUUCCCCGUUGGUUAGCUUCGCUUCCAAGUCUGCAAAUUCUUAUCUUGAGAUUUAAUAGAUUUUAUGGAUCACUGCCUCAUUCCAUAGCUUCAUCUAACUUCUCUGCUUUGCGAAUAAUUGAUCUCUCUGGAAAUGAGUUCACGGGCACAUUGUCCACGAAACUCUUACAAAAUUUAAGAGCAAUGAAAGAUAAACCUAAAAAGUGGUUAUACUUCUCAACAUUUGGUGCUGUUUUUUUCUCAGAAGGCAGUGUUUUUAAUGAAAUUCCUGUGAAUCUAACAACAAAAAGAUUGGAUAUGGAAUUGACGAAGACUCUGGCCAUUUUCGUAUCUAUGGACUUGUCAAACAACCAAUUCUGUGGAAAAAUUCCAGAGGACGUCGGACAACUUAUUUCCUUGCAAAUGCUCAACUUCUCUCACAACAACUUCACUGGUCCUAUCCCAGCAUCGUUUGGAAAUUUGGUAGCACUUGAAUCAUUGGAUCUUUCAUCAAACAAGCUCAGUGGCAGGAUUCCUUCUCAGAUAACGGAGCUGACAUUUCUUGAAGUAUUGAAUGUUUCAAACAACAAUCUUGUUGGACCAAUUCCUCAUGGGAAACAAUUUGAUACAUUUGAUAAUGAUUCCUACAUUGGUAACUCGGGAUUGUGUGGCUUACCAUUGUCCAAGCAAUGCGUCAACAUUGAAGGGGCCAAACCACCUACACCAUUAUCGGUGGAACAUGAAGGUUCUAAAAUAGCCUUCUUUUGGCGAGUUGUAAUGUUGGGGUAUGGAAGUGGAGUGGUGCUAGGAUUAAGCCUAGGUUAG